AUGUCAGCGGACGCGGAGGAGCCCAAGCAUGCGGUCCCCAUCGAGGACCCCAACGCCCUCAACUCCCUGUCCAAAUUCACCCUCUUCAGGACAAAGACUCGCUUGUACAUCACUGCCUCUACUGGAGAUAUCCACCGCGUACUCAAGAUAGACCGUACUGACCCGACCUUGCUUAAUGUGGUCGAAGAUACGACCGUGUACGACAGCAAUGAGCUGCAGACGCUACUCAGGAUGGUCAAAGACGGGAACAAGAGUCAAGGCGGCAUGGAUCUUGUGAUGGAUUUCCAUGGUCUGGUUGGCUUUGUAAAGUUUACGGCUGGGUGGUAUCUGAUUCUGAUGACCGAGAGAUCAGAAGUGGGUCUUCUAGGAGGGCAUUAUAUAUACCAUUGCGAUGAAACUAUGCUCUGGCCUGUUGGCCCACGCAUCGAAAAAAGACUCAUAAGCACCUUUAACAUGGUCGACCUCUCCAAGAACUUCUACUUUAGCUACUCUUACGACCUCACCAACACCCUACAAACCAACCUCACUGUCGCCGCCGCGAAUCGGCGGUGGAACACUCGCUUUAUGUGGAAUCACCAUCUGCUCUCGCCUGCUUUUGAUUUGGAAGAGCCCAGAGGGAAGAGUCGGUGGAUCAUACCGCUGAUACAUGGAUUCGUGGACCAGGCUAAAAUCAAUGUCUUUUCGCGCACCUUAUAUCUCACCCUGAUAGCGAGGCGUUCCCGACACUAUGCGGGUGCUCGCUUCCUGACACGAGGCGCGAAUGAAGAAGGCCAUGUAGCCAACGAAGUCGAGACUGAGCAGAUAGUAUCAGAGCCGCUCUCCACUGCCUUCGGUCAGACAGAUCCAGAAUCCCCGACCGUCCCGGUAUCAGAGUUCAGCUCGGGCUAUGGCGGGUACACGAGCUUUGUGCAGUACAGAGGGAGUAUACCCGUGAUGUGGCAUCAAGAAUCGAACCAGAUGACCCCUCGACCACCGAUAGAAAUCACCGUCAAGGAUCCCUUCUAUACCCCGGCUGCAAAGCACUUUGACGAUCUGCUAGGACGGUAUGGCGCUCCUAUCUACAUCCUCAACCUCAUCAAGGCCCGCGAAUCCGUUCCGAGGGAGAGCAAGCUGCUGAAAGAGUAUGGAGAGUGUAUACGCUACCUCAACCAGUUUCUGCCUGAAGGGAAGAAGAUGGAGUAUAUUGCUUGGGACAUGUCGCAAGCUGCAAAGAGUGGUCAGCAAGAUGUAAUCGGUGUUUUGGAAGACAUUUGUGAGGAAAGCCUCCAGGCUACAAAGUUCUUCCACGGCGGGCCGGCCCGUAAUGCUGCAGGCGCUGCCGCUCAUCGUACACGUCCCCUUCUCCAACACGGUAUCUUGAGAGUGAACUGCGUAGACUGCCUGGAUCGCACCAACGCUGCCCAGUUCGCCAUCGCCAAGCGCGCUUUCGGACAACAACUUUACGCACUCGGUUUCCUCAGUACGCCAUAUCUGGAAUUCUCCUGUGAUGCUGUCGACGUCUUGACAGAGAUGUAUCAUGAUCACGGGGAUACCCUGGCUUGGCAGUAUACUGGAAGUGCCCUGGUCAACAGAGUAGACACCUACCGAAGGAUCAAAGCUACACAAUGGAGUAGUCAUUCGCGCGAUCUUCUCGAAAACAUUCGGCGUUUCUACAACAACUCUAUGCUGGACGGAGAUAAACAGGCUGCCAUCAACCUUUUCCUCGGUGUACAUCCCUCGGUACCGAAAUAUAACCCGACAAGGCCUAAUUAUCAGAAGUGGUUCAAUCCCAAUAGCUUGGAAGAGCCCAAAGCGGACAAGCUUGCUCCUAUAAAUCAAGUGUACACCGAGUACUACAAGACGAAUAAGCUGUCCGACUUUAACGACAUGUACGCUUUUAAUAUGAACUCUACUAUGAGAUUCCACGCCAAACCACGACACGAGCAAUUUGCAAGUCCCUUCGAGCCGCGAGAACAUGCAGCCCACCACAACGUACCUCCGCCUCGCCGAACGGCUCGUCGCUGGGCUACACCUGCCGAAACUCCCGGGUCGCCGCACGACGACUUAUCCCCGCGCCUCCCCAAACCCACCACAGCCAAGAUCGUCUCCGACGAACCCCCGUCCGCACUGGCGCUGUUCAUCCAAGCUCUCUACGAUCCGCCCGACAUGGACGUCCGCGUAGCCAACUAUGACUUUUACGCACACUACGCCGAGAGCGAGGGCUUGGACAUGAUAGUGGAAGACCAAGACAUGACCUUGUACAGGUCAAUGGCCAAAGUGGGUGAAGGCGGCGAUGUAGACAAGCUGCUAGGCGGGAUGGCGGGGUCGCUGAAGCAGAGGAUGAGCGAGCCGCCGAAGGAGAGUGCCGACAUGGCAAUGGACAAUGAGCAGAGGAUCUGGAGGGAUAAUGGGGCGACCAAGGACGCGCAGGCUUUGGAGCGGUUCACUGGCUUGGUCAGUGUGCCCUUCCAAGGAGGAGAAUAUGUGUUUCAGAUCUAG